GCCAAAACAAGCUUGUUUGUUCGAGAACAAUCUAGCCAGGGGUCUUUCAAGUCUGCUUGUCGCUUUUUCAAGCCGCUUAGUUUGUUCAACAAGUGUGAAUAAAAACAAAGGAUAGAGGUAAAUAACUCAAGGUGUGUUUUGUCCUUUAAAAAAUUUAACAAUUUCCCAGCAUCAGUUCUGAAGCUAUUGUUUUAUUAUUUUGUCUUUUAGGCUAAGUUGGCUGGCGGGCAAAAAGCGUUCAUUCUCGGAAAUACUAUCGAUUCUUACUGGUUUCCAUAACAAUGAGCAAUUUAUUUUAGUAAAUAGCUGAAACCUGCAAGUGUUUGGACUCGCUGCACCACAUGAAAAUUACAAAAAUUGAAAGAAAUUUUCUCACCAUGCGGCGAAGCUGAGCAGAGAAAGUUGUGAUAAAAAGGAAGUUUACUUUAUCUGUUGCUGAGCUAUUGAUAUACCGUCGGGUUUCUUCACCAAACCUACAAACAAUGGCGCACGAAAAAACCGGCGAAGAAAAUUCCGUCAAGGUUGUCGCUCAAAUGGCUGUAUUUACCUUUAUCAUAAUAGCAACAAUUGUAGGCAACGGUUUAAUCUGCGUCUCUGUUGUGAAGUUCCGCCAUCUUCGAACAAAUACGAAUUUUAUCUUGCUAAGCUUAGCGCUAACUGACCUGAGCAUGGUAGUAAUCAUGAUCUUGAAUGCUGUGACGACCGUCACUGGGGAGUGGAUUUUUGGUCAAUGGUGUUGCCGUGCCGUAGCCUCAAUCGGUUUGACACUCUCUUUCAUUUCCAUCCUCCACCUUUGUGUAUUAAGCGUGGACCGCUAUAUUGCUAUUCAGAAACCAUUCCGCUACCAAUUCAUCGUCACGAGAAGAAGAGUCAUUACAAUAUUAUUGCUUAUUUGGUUGUCUGUGGUAGUUAUUUUGAAUGUACCGCUCGCUGACUUUGAGUUCAGAGCAGAUACCUAUGGAUGCGCGAGUCCUUCGACACAAGGACCUUCUAGAGAAUCCCCGUAUAUCUUUUUCCUUGUGACGCUUUUUGUAAUUCUACCAUUUGCGAUUAUUUGCUUUUCCAACGCCGUCGUAUUCAAAAUAGCGUUCACACAAGCAAGACAGCUUAGCAGAGUGGAACGAAGUCUGCGAGAGUCAGCUGCGGACAUCUGUGAUCAACACGAACCGCAGCAAGGGGAGAAAACGGUGGAAAAUCACUCUCUGAAAAGAGAAAUCAAAUCUGCAAGAACUUUUGCUCUUGUCCUUGGAAUAUUCCUUCUGUGUUAUACGCCUUUUUACACCGCUGGUACCUACAGAAAGAUUGCUGGUCCCAUAAAAGUUCCUCGCAGUGUUAUGAAUAUAACAAUGUGGGUUGCUUUUGCUAAUUCGUUUUGCAACCCAAUUGUGUAUGGCUUGAGAUACUCCCCAUUUCGGAAGGCCUUCAAACAGCUAUGUUGUUGUGGAAGAAAAGGAUAUGGGAAGCAAAAUUGUAGAUUUAAAUCCUCUAGCUCUCGACGCGAAAGACAAGACACUGUUUUAUCAAGAUCGAGUGGUUCUAAUGUGUAAAGCCCGAGUAAAACUGAAAUUAAAUGGACGUAAUGCAGUUUUUUUUUAUUAUUCCUUUUCGUCUUUUUGUUUUAUUUGUCGUUCAUCGCUACUUUCCGAUUCCUUUAGUAAACUAGUGUUUUUUUUACAUAAACUCCUAAAAUAGAAAAAAAAAAUACUUUAUCAGACUUUGAUGUUGUUCGCAUAAGACGGAUGCAAUAAUUUGGAGACAUAUAAAGAUAUGUAAUUCAAUGUUAGAGGUAAGGCAGGCAAAUCUAAGAAUAAACAACUUUCACAGUCAAAGAAAGAUUGAUAGCUUUGUUAAAUAAUUCAAUGUUGCCAUUUCUAAGGUUUUGCGGUGACAGGUUGGCAGAAAUUUCGGAAAUUUCGCGUCGGUUUCUUUUUUGUUUUAUUGAAAUCGACAAAAACAUAGAUUAGCUCGUCCUUCAGUUUAACAAAGAUCAACUAAGAUUAUUGCCAAGUAAUUUUAAUAGAAAUAAGGAAUUCAUCAAUUUCGAGUGUUGCUGACAACAGCUCAUUGAUAAUACAAUACUGUCAGUUAAAAAAACAAGUUUUUCGAAACGUUGUUUUGUUGUACAUUGUCAGUUUUGUGACGUUUGCUGGUAAUUGUUUAUUGAAACAAGACAUUUAUUAGUUAUAAAUGCAAACGAGCUGGAUAAAGUCGAGAUUAAAUGAAUGUUAACCUUAUGCAGCUUUUACUGUUUCGACUCAUGAAUGUUAUUAAAAAAAUAUAUAAAAUAUAUAUAUAGAAACAAAGAUAUAAUUUGCUAGCCUGCUAGAAUAACGCACUGACUCAUCAAUAAUCAUGGCAAAAGUUGGUUUUAAUUUCAAAUGUCAGAAAAUUUGAAUAACAAAAACUUGUUAUUGAUGAAAAUGAAAGUCAUGAAAAGUACACGUUCGGACUUUUUUGUUAGUCUUAUGCCAGGUGUUUUUUCAGCGAACAGAACAAUUUAUCUCUCAGCUUCUUUCGCCUGAAUGAUUGUCGAUCCAGAAGCGAGCACGAUAAAGAAUAAACAUGGAACUUGUUGCGCUAAAUAUGAAGAGCUCGUCGCCGUCUGGAAAACGUCAUGGAAUGUAAAUGCUGUACGAACAUUGAACUGCUGAAUAAAUGCUUUAUUUAUUUUGCGCUAGUUUCUCAAACAGGGCGUUCUUUCAGUCUAAAGCUGUAUAAAUUUAACUUAUUAUAGAGAGCACGCCCGCAAAACUGAAUCAAUAUACCUCGACGAAUGAUUAACAUGUACAAAUUAAACUUUCCAAACAUCUGCGUUUGAAAACGCCUUGCGGCAUGCAGGCUCCCAGAAGUAUCUCCUUUUAUAAAUUUGCACUACAAUAAAACCCGUUCACUCCGUUCACUUUUAGUAAAAUCGAUUAAGGUUGUAUUAAAGGGGCUUCCUUAUAAAAAUGGUUGCCCGAAUUAAAGUUUUCCAUGGAUAUACAAAGAGUCCGUUGUAAGGUGGCUCAGGGGAAAAAAAAUGAGGGACAUCAUUCAUUCAUCCCUCAAGCUCGAUGUUGCUUCUUUUGUUGUUGUUUUUUUCCCUUAGGCCUCAGCGCCAUGAUACAAUUUUACAAUUUCGAGAAUGGCUUAUCACGAUACGACAGAAACGUUGACUGGUCUGAUGGUAUUUCUGAGGACAACAAGUUAAUCACAGCUGAGUUAAGUUAAAGAUUCUUUUAUUCCGUGAGCCAAGCACCACAUAUAUCAGAAAACAUUCCGUCAUUUGAACAAUUUUCAUAAUUUAUUGCAUUGUUUUUAGAUGGCUGAAAUGAAAAUCUUACACGCCCUAAACUCCUACAGAAAUGUUUUUUUUUUU